UCGGCCUCCGUAAACACUCUUCUUUCCAUCCACCAUGUGCUCAACCGAUAUCUUCCUCGGCGUCCUGGCCGUUCUCUUCCCCCCACUGCCCGUCUGGGUCAAGCGUGGCAUCUGCAGCGCAGACUCUGUCAUCAACGUCCUCUUGUCUAUCCUCGGGUACCUCCCUGGCCUGAUCCACGCCAUCUACAUCAUUGCGAAGUACCCCGACGAGGAUAUGGCUGAUUACGACUACGAGUCACUCCCUCAACGUGGCCGCGGCGGCCAGCGCCACAUAAUCUACGUUGUCGAUGGCUCGCAGCGCCCCCAGCAGUCUGGGUACGGCACGCAGGGACCGCCCAAGGCUCAGCCCCAGCCCCAGCACCAAGGCGUUGAGGCGGGCGGCAGCUCAUCCCAGGGCGACCACGGCGUGCCACCGUCGUAUGCGGACGUUGUUGCUGGCGACAACAAGGUGCAAACACACGACUGAACGGGAGUGUUGGGAUUGGUGGCACUGAGGAAAACCUCCAGUUCACUCGUCACUGACAGGACUUGAUUGACGAACAAGGAUUUGGGAACAAAGUCCUGUGAUAACUGUCGCUACUGGUGCAGUACAUUGUAUUUUAUGAUUCUUUAACAUUAAGCUUAGCACAAAUAAUAGGAAUGGUCAGGAAACGACCUGGGUUAAUUGAUCUUGGUCAUUUCGCUACUCUCGUCGACGAACGUUGUCUCACUCCUCAGCAACAGCUUCGAGCUGC